AUGAAUGCAGUGCUCAGAGGGAGUGCUUUCAUAGGGAAGCGAUUGUAUCGACAGUACUGUCGGUACAGACACUACGGGACAGACACUCCAUUCGUGCGGACACUCGACGGACAGGCAUUCAAACGAGACGUUAGGGAGAGGGAGGAAUGGGGUGGUGACACGGAUGGGGAACUGGAUCUCUUGGACACCAAAUACUUUACGCCACAGACUCUGGAUUUGUUGGCAAUUAAGUUGACUGAAGACACGAAUGACUGUCCACUGCUUCCCAGUCCUCACAUGACUUCAGAAUUUCAAACGAAUCGCUUUUUAACGAAGAGUUUUGAACGCGUUUUACAGCACAUGAAAGACGCCGAGAGUUAUCACAAGACUUUCGUCCAUAACUUUGCAAUCAAUCUCUUCUAUAGCAUAGAAUUGGAUCAUUGUUUUGAUUGGACUCAACGCACUCUGGAGGAGACACUCGUCGAUCACUGCAUCACUUCCAGAGCGGACGCAUCUGUUUAUCGCAAAAACAGUGAACCCAUUGAACACAUUGUUCUCAACACUAACUGUAAGAUCAUAACCAGUGAUGAAGACUACGAGAAGUCGAGAGCGCAGACCAUCGGACAGUGUAUUGUCACUGCUCUUCGCAAUCAACACAUUUGUGGUGACAAUGGCGUCGACUAUCACCAGAAGUCACAACUGUUUGCACUACUCGUGCGCUCACAUCUGUUUCACUUCUAUUGGGCAGACAUUAGUGACACGUAUUUAAGACAAUUGCGGACAGAGUUCGACGGAUCCGAGCAAUUGGUGGUCAAAGAGUGGCAAACAUUGGACUUUCGUCGCGAAGACCACCAGAAACUUGUGGUCAACUCUUUGCGGUCUAUUCUUGAGUAUCAGUCAGUGAUGUGA